ACUCCAGCUUUGUUCCGCCUCUGGUUUAUGCCUUCAUGGGCAGCUCGAGAGAUAUAGCCAUAGGGCCUGUGGCUGUUGUAUCACUCUUGUUAGGUACUCUACUCCGGAAUGAAAUUGAUCCGACUACAAAUCCACAUGAGUAUCUGAGGCUUGCAUUUACAGCUACCUUUUUUGCUGGCAUUACUCAGGCUACUCUUGGGAUCCUAAGAUUGGGCUUCUUAAUUGACUUCCUAUCUCAUGCUGCUGUUGUUGGCUUCAUGGGUGGUGCUGCAAUUACAAUUGCACUUCAGCAACUUAAAGGUUUUCUAGGCAUUAAGAAAUUUACUAAGAAAGCAGAUAUCAUAUCUGUAAUGAAAUCAGUGUGGCAUUCAGCCAACCAUGGAUGGAACUGGCAGACAAUUCUCAUUGGAGCAACCUUUUUAACUUUCCUUUUGUUCGCGAAGUACAUUGGUAAGAAGAACAAAAGGUUGUUCUGGGUUCCUGCAAUUGCGCCGUUGGUUUCUGUCAUUCUUUCCACCUUCUUUGUCUACAUUACUCAUGCUGAAAAAAAGGGAGUCGCGAUUGUAGGACACAUUGAGAAAGGAAUAAAUCCUCCUUCCGUCAAGGAAAUAUAUUUCACUGGUGACUAUCUUUUAAAAGGGCUUCGGACUGGUAUUGUAGCUGGCAUGAUUGCAUUGACGGAAGCUGUUGCAAUUGGAAGAACCUUUGCUUCAAUGAAGGACUACCAGUUGGACGGAAACAAAGAGAUGGUGGCGCUUGGAGCUAUGAAUAUUGUUGGCUCAAUGACUUCCUGCUAUGUAGCAACAGGUUCCUUCUCUCGCUCAGCAGUAAAUUACAUGGCUGGCUGCCAAACUGCAGUUUCCAACAUUGUCAUGUCUGCUGUUGUAUUCCUAACUUUGGAAUUCAUAACCCCUCUUUUUAAGUAUACUCCAAAUGCAAUCCUUGCUGCCAUCAUCAUAUCCGCUGUACUCGGCUUAAUUGACUAUGAAGCAGCAAUUUUGAUUUGGAAGAUUGACAAAUUUGAUUUUGUCGCUUGCAUGGGGGCAUUUUUUGGCGUGGUUUUUGCCUCUGUUGAGAUUGGUCUUUUAAUCGCGGUCACAAUAUCAUUUGCUAAGAUUCUCCUCCAAGUCACAAGGCCGCGAACAGCUACUCUUGGUAGGAUACCCCGGACAAAUGUAUACAGGAACAGUCAACAAUACCCCGAGGCAACAAAAGUUCCUGGUGUAUUGAUUGUGAGAGUUGAUUCAGCUAUAUACUUCUCAAACUCUAACUACAUAAAGGAAAGGAUAUUGAGAUGGCUAAUGGAUGAGGAAGAACAACUAAAAGCAGCUGGCCUUCCUAAAAUUCAAUUCUUGAUUGUUGAGAUGUCACCUGUUACUGACAUUGACACCAGUGGAAUCCAUGCCUUGGAAGAGUUGCUCAGAAGCCUAAAAAAGAGAGGUGUUCAGCUUGUUCUGUCGAACCCCGGAAGAGUGGUGAUUGACAAGCUACAUGCAUCCAACUUUCCAAGUCAAAUCGGCGAGGACAAGAUAUUUCUCACAGUUGCUGAUGCUGUGCUAACCUGUUCACUAAAAUUGCCUGAAGAAGUUUAACAUUGUAAAGAAUGGAUGCAAAAGAAGACAAGGGGGGAAAGAAAAAUCAACCACAAGUAGCAUGAGGGACCAAAAUUGAAUAGAGUACAUAUAUAUAGAGUGAUAAAUAAAGGGACUGGAUUCUAUUUUUAGUAAGUGGUGGGAUCCUCAGAAGUGAUAUGAUACUAAUCCAAAGCAGAUGGUGGUCCUAGCCAAUUGCGUAAGGAAUUCUUAUUUGUUUUUUGUAAAGUUUGUACAUGUUAGACAUGUUAGCCAUGCUUUUAACUUUAAUGGUUAAAAUAUAGUCGUCCAUAAGAGUUUCCUUGUCUUCCUUGUUUUUGCUACAGGCAAUUGUGUACUAAUUAAACUCCUUUUGUGAUCAUAAUCUGUAAAAUAUAUGAGAUGGUUUGCUGACAACAUCUACAAAGUAAGUGGUUUUAGUUUUA